AUGAUCAUCUUCUCCGAGAUUGGUGACAAAACUUUCCUGGUCGCCGCGCUCAUGGCCAUGCGUCACCCUCAACUCGUUGUAUUCUCUGGCGCAUUCUCCGCUCUCAUUGCCAUGACUGUUCUCUCCGCCGUUCUCGGACAUGCAGUACCGACACUUCUUCCCAAGCAUCUGACCGCAUGGCUCGCAGCUGGUCUCUUCCUUGUUUUCGGCGGCAAGCUGCUGCGCGAGGGUCUCGAGAUGGACAAGGACGCUGGCGUCGGAGAAGAGAUGCAAGAGGUCGAGGCUGAGCUGGAAGAGAAGGAACAUCUCGCACGCAAGGAAGGCCGCAGACGAUCAUCAGUCUCGCCAUAUGUUCUUGAGGCUGGUCGUGGCAGAAGAUCCGGUUCGCGUCACAAGUUCCCUGCACGCGCACAAUCUCCUUCAUCGGACUCUUCUAGAUCGCCGUCCCCGUCCGGCCGUGGAGCAAAGGCCUCUGUGAGUAACGCACUUGGUGGACUCAACAACCUUCUCGGUCUCCUUCUUUCGCCUGCAUGGGUGCAGACCUUUGUAAUGACUUUCCUUGGUGAAUGGGGUGAUCGAUCUCAGAUUGCCACCAUUGCCAUGGCCGCUGGACAAGAUUACUGGUGGGUGACAGGAGGUGCUAUUGCAGGACACAUGAUCUGCACUGGUAUCGCUGUGAUUGGAGGACGUGCUCUUGCUGGUAGAGUGAGUUUGAGAGUUGGUAAGUACAGCCUGGUCAAUUUGUAUGAUAACAUUAAGCUAACAUUGUCACAGNUCACUUUGGGUGGAGCAAUUGCUUUCCUGGUCUUUGGUGUCAUCUACUUUUUCGAGGCCUUGUACGACUAG